GUCUACUUCAAGAUCUGUUUGAAGGAUAUAGUAAGAGGAGAAGAGGUCACUGCAAGACUGUUUUCGCCUGCAAAUGGAAGUCUUAUUCAGCAUCACAGGCUGGCGAAUAGGAAAAAGAAGGGCCUUCUCUCCGGACUGUCUGGGCUGACCCUCGGCUGAUAUUGCGAGGCUGAUUAAUCCAUAAUCCAUAAUCCAUAAUCUUCUCCAGGGUGGAGACACGAUGCCUUUCUAUCAGGAACCAUUUCUUACACCUAGACUAUUUUUUAUUUUUCUUUCGUGCAGAGUAUAUAUAUUUUUGCCGCCUUUACUCUCUUGGUCAUCGCGCUAGCCUGUCGCACUUCGACUGAGAACGUCCACGAUGAGCAGCGAUCACCUUCCCACACCAGCCCAUGUUCAGGCAGACUCAAUGUUGGCGAGAAAGUUCGGAAAGGAGACUGUCAACUAUUUUGGCGGGAGCCCACUCAAUCGGCUUUCUUUCCUGCGCACCGACUAUCCCUUCCUCUCUGCCGCCGUGAAGCACCCCUCUUCGCGAUUCAUCCUCCUAGACAACCUCUCACCAUUAGUCAAAUCCCCCAGCGCCCUCUUCCACGCGCAGCACUCGGACGUGCAGAGCCUACUACCAACAUCAUGGUUUGACCUGCCCGAAGAGGACUUGAUCCGCGACUUCGACUCGCGCAUCACACGGCCCGAUCUGGUCUUCCUGGGAAUAGAUGAGAGCGCGGCCGAGAGCGGAGCGAAAGACGAGGACUUGCUACAAUGGAAGAUCUACAAGGGCCGACCGUAUUUUGCGCUGGACGUGAGCGAGAAGGGCAACGAGGAGCAAAAGGCCACAGCGCGUGCACUGGUCGAGACGCUCAAGCAGAAAGGAGUCACGCCUUAUCUGUCGAGGAUUCAUAUGACUCUGCUGCCGGAUGAGGGUGCUAUCUAUGCACAAGCCCGAGCUUACUUGGACUGGAAUAACCGCAAUAAGUUCUGCGGCACCUGCGGUUAUCCCACGUUGUCUGUGAACGCUGGCACCAAGCGCACAUGUCCACCUACCGACAAAGCCUAUGCCGCUGAGGGCAAAAACCCAGAGAAGCCGCCCUGUUCAACUCGCACCACCUUAAGCAACCUAUCUUUCCCGCGCACUGAUCCCACCAUUAUCGUUGCAACGCUCUCAGUCGAUGGCAAGCGAUUACUCCUCGGACGCUCAAAGCGGUUCCCCCCACACUGGUACUCGACUCUGGCUGGGUUUAUCGAACCGGGUGAGUCUGUUGAAGACGCCGUGCGCCGCGAGGUAUGGGAAGAGGCUGGCGUGACGCUCUCUCGUGUCGUGAUUCACUCGACUCAGCCCUGGCCGUAUCCAGCCAACCUAAUGAUUGGCGCCAUUGCGCAGGUCAGUGACCCGGCGCACGAAACUAUCAAUCUGGCGCAUGACCCGGAACUGGAAGAUGCUAAAUGGUUCACCAUUGCUGAGGUUGAGGAGGCGUUGAGGAAUGGGACGAGUGCAUUGGGUGAGCCUGCGAGUAAGAAUUAUAUCGAGGGCAAUUUGCGAUUGCCGCCGCCUACUGCUAUUGCAAAUCAGCUAAUACAGGCAGCGGUCAGCAAGGAAUAUGUGGGGGAUAAGCUUGCUAGGAUGUAGAUAUCGUGUCAUUUAUCAGUAGUUAUAUAGACCUUUGAAUAUAGAUCUAUUUUGGUCGU